AUGUUAUUCAAUCCGAAACCGUUAAGAGAUCCAAUACAUUUUAAAUUUCCUGUACAAUGCAUUUGGUUGAAACUAAAUGGCUCGUGGCCGUUAAAGCGAAUUCCGUCCAAUGCAUUUGAGAAUUUUUUUGGCUUUCUGUACAGCGUGUGGGCCUGGUAUGUCGUGGCCAUGGUUGGCAUAACUAUCGGUUUUCAAACGGCCUUCCUUGUUACAUCCUUCGGCGAUAUAUCGGUGACCACCGAGAAUGGCUGCACCACAUUUAUGGGAGUUCUAAAUUUCGCACGCCUGUUACACCUUCGACUGCACCAAAAGGAAUUUCAUCAGAUGAUUGCGCAAUUCGUAAAGGAUAUCUGGAUUACUAAAUCUUCGUAUCCUUCCGUUGAGCGCGCUUGUGCACGUAAUAUGCGCGUCUAUCAGGUUAUUUCAGUAUUGGAAUCCUGUCUCAUUACAAUGUACUGCGUUAUGCCACUAUUCGAGCUCUACAUGCUAACAUUGAAUGAUGCCGACGGCUUAGUGCCCAUCAAGAAACCGUUUCCGUACAAAAUGUUAUUCCCCUAUGACGCAAAUCAUGGCUGGCGAUAUGCUCUCACUUAUGUUUUCACAGCAUGGGCUGGUGUUUGCGUGGUGACCACACUUUUCUCCGAGGAUUCCUUAUUUGGCUUCUUUGUAACCUAUACUUGUGGACAAUUAAAUAUUUUACAUAACAAAAUCGACAAUAUCACAAUCGAUUCGUAUGCAACAGUUCGGGGUGGUCGUGGCGGCACAGAGGCUGACUAUCAACGGGAAUGCAUCCGACGGCUGGAUAAAAUUGCUGCCAAGCAUAGCGUGUUGUUUGACUUCAUCAAUCAGCUGGAAGGGUUCUUUAGUCCUAUUAUGCUGGUGAACUUCAUGAUUUCGUCAGUUCUAAUUUGCAUGGUGGGCUUUCAGUUGGUGACGUUUGUUCUCCAGUCCCUCGAGAUGGCCACCCAUUUGUAUGCAUGCAACUGGGAACGUGAUAUCGUAUUUGCUGGCACAGCAAACAACUCGUCAGCCGCUCCACAGCUGAGAAAGUCUUUGCCAACGGUUUAUUACUCCACUGAUAAAGUAUUUCGCAGCAAAUUGCAGUUUAUGAUAAUGCGUAGUCAACGACCAACCUGCAUAACGGCAAUGAAGUUUUCAACGUUAUCCUUAAACAGCUUUUCCGGGUUGAUGAGUACAUCAAUGAGCUAUUUCGCACUCUUGCAAAGUUUCUACGAAAAUGAGGAAAAUUAAAAGUAUGGCAG